UCUUUUCAAAGCAUUCCAAAACUCAAACCUAAUCACAGUUCAACAUGCAGGCAGCUUUGAGCUUGGCACCACCGAUCCUUCCCUUACAAACACCAGCCAGAUGCUUCAGAUCCCAAUCAAAAUCCAUUCCCGCAAUCCAAACUUCUUCUCUAUUUGCUCGCAUGAAAGCAGCUGCAGUGGCUAAUGACACUUCGACAGUAGAUUAUAGCUCCACCACCUCUGUUUUUCCGGCAGAAGCUUGUGAGACCCUUGGAGGAGAUGCUUGUGACGUUGAGAUGUACCCUGAAGCGAAGCUCAACCCAGGUUUGACUGACAAAAGGCCUCAAACUGCAUCAGAACAGGUUGAAAGGGAGUAUCUCGAGUAUAAUAGCCCCAAGACGGUCUUUGAAGGAGAUGCCUGUGACGAACUUGGAGGAGAAUUUUGUCAGCCAGAGCAUCAGAGUGGUGCUUAGUGGAAUAUAGUUUUCUAAAGAUGUAAAGACAGAUUUUCACUUGCUUUGCCUUUUUCUUCCUAGAUAUAUAUAACUCCAUCCUGAUAAUAGUUUGAACACAUCUCAAAAAGCCAGAAUCUUUCCGUCCCAAGUACUUGUGAUGCUCUUUGUUAUCUACACAUCUCAACGAUAUACCGAGAA